UUCCUUUCUUGGAGCUCUUUGUCGUGUGGAAAGAUCACCACGUACCUCAGGGGAUACGAAUAUGGAUACUUUCUCCAACAUAAAGAACAUCCUGGUGAAAUUCUAUGAUGAAUACAACCAGACGACACCAAAGAAGCUCAAGAUAGUCGAUGCAUAUCUGUUUUACAUCAUGCUAACGGGAAUCAUUCAAUUCGUGUACUGUUGCUUAGUGGGAACUUUUCCAUUCAACUCAUUCCUGUCUGGAUUUAUUUCCUGUGUCGGAUCUUUUGUUUUAGGAGUUUGUCUACGAGUGCAAAGCAACCCAGCCAACUAUUCUGAUUUCAAAGGGAUUUCUCCAGAGAGAGCAUUUGCUGAUUUUAUCUUUGCCAGCAUCAUUCUCCAUCUUGUGGUCAUGAAUUUCAUUGGUUGAGGAAGCUUUUAUAGUAAUUGUAAACAACCUUCUUUAUGGACAGAAAAAUUAAACAGGAACAAGAUAGAGCCAUUUCUUUUGCUUCAUCUAGUAGUGAGCUGUCAAAAUGUCAUCAAUUUAAGUCCACACUUGUAUUAAAUACACAAUUUUCAGUGA